AUGAGGUCGAAAUCCUGGAAUGUCAUUGCGGUUGAGUAUGGGUGUCUAAGGCAGAGAGAAGUCUCUGCCCUAGACAGAAGGGACAGUGGAAAUGGUAAAAGAUAUAUGAGAACCGUCGAGGGGCUGCUGCUACAAGCAGUUCAAGUGGAUCUCUGUUUCAUAAGAUCUCUGUGCGCAACCACCCCAUACCCAGAAUCUUGUUUAAGGUCAUUGAAUAUAUUCAUCUCAACAUGCACAACUCCAAAUCCAAACAUAAACAACUACCUCCUUCAGUCCCUCCAAACAGCAACAUCUGAAACCACAAAGCUCUUAAAUCUCUUCAACAAUGUUGGACACCCAAACAUCAUAGAGAAGCAAAGAGGAGCAGUUCAAGACUGCCGGGAGCUCCAUCAAUCCACAUUGGCUUCUUUGGAAAGAUCCCAAACAGGGAUCCGUUCCUCCAGCAUGGCCACAAUUGUUGUAGCAAUUUACCUCAGUGCAGCCCUCACCAACAAGAACACAUGUCUAGAAGGCCUAGAUUCUGCUACUGGCACCAUGAAGCCAGUUCUGGUGAAAUCUGUGAUCAACACUUACAAGCAUGUCAGUAACUCUCUAGCAAUUCUCUAUAACCCCAAGAUGGGGACUCCUGAAAUCCCGCCUUUGAAGGGUGAUCCAAAGUGGCUAUCAAGCAGUGAUAAAGAGUUCUUCUUUCAAGACUCGGAUGGGGAAGAAUAUAAACCAAAUAAAGUGCUUGUUGUGGCUGCAGAUGGAACUGAGCAAUUUAGCACCAUCACUGAAGCCGUCAACUUUGCUCCAAAUAACAGCAUGGUUAGGACAGUGAUCCAUGUCAGAAAAGGUACGUACAAGGAAAAUGUGGUAAUCCCAUUAAAUAAGACCAAUAUUGUGAUGCUUGGCGAUGGAAGAGAUGUUACUGUCAUAACCGGUAACAGAGCCAACAGAACUGGAUGGUCCAUUUUCAGCUCUGCAACACUAGCUGUUUCUGGUAAUGGUUUUCUUGCACGUGAUAUUGCAAUCGGGAACAGUGCAGGGCCAAAGAAGUACCAAGCAGUGGCCUUGAGGGUAAAUGCAGAUUUAACUGCAUUCUACAGGUGUGCAAUUUAUGGUUACCAGGACACUCUAUAUGUUCACUCCUUUAGACAAUUCUACAGGGAGUGUGACAUUUAUGGGACCAUAGAUUUCAUAUUUGGAAAUGCAGCAGUGAUUCUACAAGAUUGUAACAUUAUAUCCAGAAAACCAUUGCCUGGUCAAGCUACUGUUAUCACUGCACAAUCCAGAGAUAGCCCUAAUGAGCCCACUGGCAUCGUAAUCCAAAACUGCAAUAUCACAGCUUCCUUCAACGACAACAGUCUGAAAAGCUACCUCGGGAGGCCAUGGAAGCCUUAUUCUCGGACCGUUUACCUCGAGUCAUUCAUUGAUGACUUCAUUGACCCAAAGGGUUGGACAGAGUGGCCUAAUAAGAAAGGAUUGGACACCUUGUAUUACGGAGAGUAUGACAAUUAUGGACCUGGUUCCACCACAGACUAUCGUGUACAAUGGUCUGGCUACCAUGUAAUGGACGAUGGUGAUGCCUACAAUUUCACAGUUUCAAACUUCAUUCAAGGUGAAGACUGGCUUGAGUCUACUUUUUUUCCUUUUGAUUUAGGUUUUGAUUACACAAAAUAUCCCUAG